CAAGAUCUGUCUUUCAGCCUUUAUGCUUACUGUGGAGGGAGGUCUCUGUGGACACACACACACACACACGCACACACGUCCGCUGAGGAAUAGUUGAGGUGCUGGUCUGUGAUCCUGCUCAGGAACGGAUUUAACGCUUUAAACACAACAAAGAGAGGUGAGCUAUGUCCUCCUGCGUGGUGAAGUCCAGAAGCAGGAACCCGUACACGGCGGUGCGGGUGGACCCUGACAGUGAUUACAUCACACCCGGAACACUAGACCUGGAGCAGCUCUUCUGGACUGGGACCGGGGCUCAGUACGCACAUGUUAACCAGGUCUGGCCCAGCAUCUACAUUGGGGAUGAGAAAACAGCUCUGGAGCGUCCUGGCCUGAGGGAUCUAGGUAUUACACAUGUCCUUAAUGCAGCAGAGGGAAAGUGGAAUAAUGUGCUGACUGGUGCUGAUUACUACUGUGACAUGGACAUCCAGUACUACGGUGUAGAGGCUGACGACAAACCCUCCUUCAACAUCUCCCAGUACUUCUGCCCUGCAGCCCAGUUCAUCCACGAGGCCCUCAGUCAGACACAGAACAAGGUGCUGGUGCACUGCGUGAUGGGUCGCAGCAGGUCAGCGACUCUGGUCCUGGCGUACCUGAUGAUGAAACACGGCUUAUCUGUGGUGGAUGCUAUCGAGCAAGUGCGCCAGCGCCGCUGCAUCCUCCCCAAUCAUGGCUUCCUGAAACAGCUCAGAGCCCUGGACAUCACUUUACAGGAGGAGAGACUGAGGCUAAAAAGAGAAAAGCAAGACCAGUAGUACAGGAUAAAUCAUUUGCCUGUAUACCAGUUCAAUUUUUCUUUUCAUCUCAGUUAUAAAAGUGUUCUUUAUGUUUCUUUAACAAUUGUGUCAUUAAACUGCUUUGAUUUUCA